AUGGAACAGGCCUCGAAUGUUGGUGACACUCGAAAGCUCUACCGUCUGAUCCGCCAAGUUAGCGGUAAGCCCUCUACACUGAGUGACUCUGUUCGCGACGUGAACGGUGGCUUUAUUGCUGACAACUCGGCCAAAGUCGAGCGCUGGCGUGAGCACUUUGAGCACCAUCUCAACUUCUAUACCCAACCUACCUCUCCCUUGCUUUCCUCUUCAGCGGAGUUUCUUCCCUCUCCUAUGCAGUGCCAUGCGAUUCCCCCCCCCCCUCCCCUUCGAAGGAGAAGUCGCCGAUGCCAUACGAAAGUUAGGCAACAAUAAGACUACCGGAGAGGACGGUAUACCCGCUGAAAUCUACAAGUCUUGUGUCGACACUCUGGCGCCCUGACUCCAUGAGGUGAUUGAACGAGCGUGGAGAGACGAGGUUGUUCCUGAUGAGCUCCUCAUUUAGGCAUCCUUGUACCUAUCCUCAAGAAGGGAGAUAAGAAGAGAUGCGAGAACUACCGCGGCAUAAGCUUCAUGGACGUUGCUGCGAAGAUCUUCGCUAUUGUCCUGCUCAGACGAUUCCAGGUUGUGCGUGACUCUAGGACGAGUCCCAACCAAGCCGGAUUUCUUGCUGGGCAUGGAUGCACAAACCAGAUAUUUACACUGAGGCGCAUUCUCGAAUUCCGCCAUAGCUACCAACAACCGACGGCCGCGUGCUUCAUUGACUUUGCCGCCGGGUUCGACUCCGUUCACCGUGAGUCCCUGUGGCGGAUAAUAGCGCUAGAUGGUGUGCCGGCAAAAAUCAUCGCCAUGAUCAAGGCCUAUUAUCGCUCUACUACUGCAAGAGUCCUGGUCCGCAACAAUCUUUCCCAACCGUUGGGUAUUCGGUCUGGCGUCCGACAGGGUUGUAUCCUGUCACUCACUCUAUUCAACUAUGCUUUUAACUGGAUCCUCGGGAGGACCCUACGUGAGAGUGACGGCGUUGAGUUUGCACCCGGACAUCGACUGACUGAUCUCGACUAUGCCGAUGAUAUCGCCUUACUUGCUUCUAGUUUUGUUGAUCUGUAG